AUAUACUAGUGAAAGCAAAGAUAGUCAUGUUAAUAAAGAUGAAUAUAAUUAUAUUAGUAAAAAUAAAAAUAAUUAUACUAGUGAAAAUAGUAGUUAUUUUAUUAGCAAAGAUGAGAAUAGUUAUUAUAACAUAGAAGAAACUGACUAUGUUAAUAAAUAG